AUUGUUCACGUCACAAACUUCAUGUACUGUUCACAUCCACGACUUUUAUUUUGACGGCGCCACAACGUUUCGGCCAGCUUCCUGUGACGUAAUUUCCGGCCGCCAACACCGACGAGGUAUUUUCGCGGUAAAAUGAAACCCGGUAUGUUUAUGUUGAUCAAAACGGUUCUGUUUUGUGGCGUCUAACAAACCUCCGUCUGGCUGAGGUUACCGGGCGUCUUCCCAUUAACCGGGUCGCUGGUUCUGUUAUGCUCCGGUGCCGGAAGCUAGCUAGCUUUAGCCAUUAACACAUCGCUACGUUAGGAACGACAGGGUUUAAAAAAACAACAUUUGAUCAAACGCCCGAAACAAUGGCGUCUGUAACAGCGGCCAGCUUAAAGCAGGAGCUGGAGACUUUCGAGGUGACCUGCGAGGACGAUUCUGCUCUCGACAAGAUGGUUGAACUGUGCAUCUGCAACAGGACACAGACAGAUGACAUGGUGAACGAGUGGGUGGCCUACAUUGCCACAAAAGGGGGCCUGAAACUCACCCUGGACAACCUGGAGCGCUUUGAGCAUGAGCAUUUAAACAAGAGGAACAAAUCCAAGUCGAGCUUCAAGAGAGACGACAGCUAUAACCGACCCAGAGACAUUCAUACGCUGCAGGACAUAAUAAAAGCUGAAGAAGAGGAGGAGAAUCUUUUAGACACUUAUGUUACGCCUGCGAAGGGCUCUCAGAAACGAGCGCUCUCCACUCCAGAGCAUCCUCAGUCCAAACGGACCCUGGCUCUGCUGACCAGCCCGGGCCUGCUGCUGUCACCGACCAACUUUUCCCCAAAUCCAACGCCUUCCCAGAAGUACAGCCAGCGAGGAAGCAGAGGGGAGGUGGUGGUGACGUUCGGGGCCGUCCAGGGCACCCGUUGGACGGGCAGGAAGGAUCCGGGCGCUGGCGUCCAGGUGGAUCUUCUGGAGGGGCCUGAAGACUCCCUCCGCAGCAGCUACAAGUACAUGUUCCAACGGCUGCGAGACGUCCGAGACGUGUUGACGGAGAAGAUUGAAGAGCUGGGGGAGAAACUGAGUUCUCACUUCAACAUUGAGGAGUUCUCAGCCGUGUCUCUGCCUGCUCAGGACAGAAUAACGGUGCUGGGUCAGGUUUGCUGUGACAGUAACGGCAAACUGAAUGCUCAGUCGGUUCUCCUGGAGGCAGGACAGCAGCACGGCGGUCAGCAAGUCCCCGUUGACCUGUCCGAGCUUAAAGAAUAUUCUCUUUUUCCUGGCCAGGUGGUGGUGAUGGAAGGGAUGAACACAACAGGAAGAAAACUUGUGGCGUCCAAGCUUUACGAGGGAGUUCCUCUUCCUUUUUACACCCCCAGUGUAAAAAUGGAAACCGAUGACGCCGUGGCAGAGCCGCUGAACGUUCUUGUGGCCUGUGGGCCGUACACACCCUCUGACAGCCUGACCUAUGACCCUCUGAUAGACCUGAUCAGUAUCAUAGUCAGGGAUCGUCCUGACGUCUGCCUGCUGUUGGGUCCUUUUGUUGAUUCCAAACACGAACAAAUCGAGAAAGCCCAGGUGACCCAGGAGUUUGAGACCAUUUUCUACCAAUGCAUUAAAAGCGUUGUGGAUGGAACCAGAAGCGUUGGCUGUCAGCUGGUGUUUGUGCCGUCCCAGAGGGAUAUCCACCAUGAGUUCAUCUACCCGCAGCCUCCCUUCACCCUGCCGGCCCUCGACAAUGACCAGGCCCAGAGGGUCACCCUGGCCCCUGACCCCUGCACCCUGCUGAUCGACGGCGUGACGUACGGCGUGACGUCCACCGACAUCCUGUUCCACAUGGGAGCCGAGGAGAUCAGCUGCGGCACGAGCUCGGACAGAUUCUCCCGCAUCCUGAACCACAUGCUGACCCAGAGGAGCUACUACCCCCUGUACCCGCCUACGGAGGAGGUGAACAUGGAUUACGAGAAAUUCCAGAUUUUCGGCCACAUGCCGCUCACUCCUGACGUCCUGGUUGUUCCCUCGGAGCUGCGGUACUUUGUGAAGGAUGUGUCUGGCUGCGUGUGCGUGAAUCCCGGCCGGCUCACCAAAGGCCAGGUGGGAGGGACGUACUGCAGGCUGCUCAUCCAACGCCGCGCUACACCUGAGGACGGCAGGAGAGCGAGUCCGUGUCUAACCGCUCAGGUUGUUAAAAUAUGAGGCAAUAAAAGCUUAAAAAAGUGUGUAUCAAGAUGUAAAAUGAGCUCAGUUAGCGACAUGGUUUUUACUUUUCUCACCAGGAGUUUAAAAGUGUCUCUUUCCUGUUGAAAUCCUAAUAAAUAUUGGUCUAUUUUUAUAAUCCAAAAACAUCUGGUGGGCUUUUGAUUUCAGAAACACGCCGGAAAUAAAUUAUUGAAUUCAUUUGCACAGUUUUUGUUCUGUCAUCUAGAAAAUGUUUCACUCAAGACUUGUUUUGUCUCUACACUCAUCUCCUGUCCUGUUUGCUGAUUUACUGAAACUUUUCUUACAAGAGAAAUAAACUUUGGAUCAUU